AUGGCCGACCAAAGACCCGUUGUCGUUGACAACGGUACCGGUUUCGUCAAAGUCGGCUAUGCUGGCUCCAACUUCCCCGAACACGUCUUUCCCUCGGUCGUCGGCCGUCCCAUCCUGCGUUCGGAAGAGCGCGAUGCCAUCUCGAGCAACACGGGUACUCAGAUCAAGGACAUCAUGGUGGGCACAGAAGCAGAGGAACUCCGAAACUACCUCCAAAUCAGCCAGCCCAUGGAGCACGGUAUCGUAAAGGACUUUGGCGACAUGCGCCACGUUUGGAACUACACCUUUGACGAGAAACUCCGCAUCGAUCCUCAGGGCCGCAAGAUCCUCCUCACAGAGCCGCCCAUGAAUCCAAAGAAGAACCGCGAAGAAAUGUGCCAGAUCAUGUUCGAAGAAUACGGUUUCGACGGCGUCUACGUGGCCAUCCAGGCUGUCCUGACACUCUACGCUCAGGGUCUCCAAACCGGAGUUGUCGUCGACUCGGGUGAUGGUGUCACCCACGUCGUGCCCGUCUUUGAGGGCUUUGCGCUGCCCCAUCUCACCAAGCGUCUGGACGUAGCCGGUCGGGAUGUGACACGCUAUCUCAUCAAGCUCCUCCUCAUGCGCGGCUAUGCAUUCAACCGUACUGCCGACUUCGACACGGUCCGACAGAUCAAGGAGAAGCUCUGCUACGUCAGCUACGAUCUCGACCUCGACAAGAAACUUGCUGAAGAAACUACCACGCUCGUCGAGUCGUACACGCUUCCCGACGGCCGUGUCAUCAAGGUAGGCUCCGAACGCUUCGAAGCGCCCGAGUGCAUGUUCCAGCCGCACCUCGUCGAUGUAGAGCAGGCCGGUGUGGCCGAACUUCUCUUCAACACCAUCCAGUCCGCCGCUGUCGAUACGCGCUCCGAACUGUACAAGCAUAUUGUGCUGUCCGGUGGUUCGUCCAUGUAUCCCGGUCUGCCAAGUCGCUUGGAGAAGGAGAUGAAGCAGCUUUACCUCACACGCGUCCUCAACGGCGACGGCUCCAGGUUGAAGAACUUCAAGAUUCGCAUCGAAGACCCACCCAGGAGAAAGCACAUGGUAUUCCUUGGUGGUGCAGUGCUCGCCGACAUCAUGAAGAACAGGGAGAGCUUCUGGAUUUCGCGUGCAGAGUGGUACGAGCAGGGCAAGGCGUGUCUCGACCGACUUGGACGUCAUUCCUAG